AUAAAAUCCAAGGCUUUGGCGAAUUGUGAGAGCGACUCAAGAGUGGAAAGACGAAAGACCGACCAUGGCUCGGUUCCUAUCGCUGAUUGUUUUGCUCUUGGCAUCCGCCCUGGCCAACGAAUUUUCAAACAAGCCUGAAGAAUCCGAGUUUCGGCGGGAAAUGUUGACUAAUUUGAACAAAACAAAUGAAAAGCUGGAUCAGUUGAUGAGAAUCGUCCUAAAUCAGCCCGUGGAGAUGAGGAAACUGGUGGAGGAGCAAAACGACAAGUUAAUCAAAUCUGCUGACCAGCGCUUCAAUCAGCUCUUUCGAAUCAGAUUCUCUUCAAAAUGCAAUCUCGCUCGUUUGUCAAACCUGACUUUGUUGUCCAACGGCAAAAUGUACUCUUUCCAUCCCACUGCCGCAACCUGGAAUUCUGCAAACGAGACUUGCAGCAAAAAAGGCCUUCAUUUGGCCACGAUUAAAGAUCAAAAUGAUGCUCAGGUGGUCGCUGCAGAGGGACGAAGACUUGAUGAAGGCAAUACUUGGUGGGUUUCGGCGAAAAACCUAGAAAGUGAAAAGGACUUCCGUUGGCAGGACGGGACGAAAUUGGAGUUGGACAGUCCCUUGUGGACGGACGGCGCGGGCAAGACGGACGACUGCGUUCGCAUCUAUAAUUGGGCCAAGGGAAAAUUGAGCAGCGCAAAAUGCUCCGCUUAUUGGUAUUUCAUUUGCGAGCUGCCCAGCGAAUGUUACUGAGAAUCACUGAGAAUCUUUUAUAAUUUGUUCAUCGAUGAAAUCCAAGUAUUUUCAUGUUGCAACGAUUAACAAAUUUUAAAAAUUUGAUAUACUUCUUCUGACAAUCGUUGUCAAUUAUGUUUUUCCAUUCAAUUGUGGAAUAAAAUUAGUAAACAGAUGAA